AUGGCGGGCGCGCCGCUGCUCCUCCUCCUCCUCCUCAUGCCGGCGUCGGCGACGGCGAUCGGCCACGUCUGCGGCAGCGGCGGCAACUACACGGCCAACAGCACCUACCAGUCCAACCUGGCCGUGCUCAACGCCACCCUCCCCGGCAACGCCUCCUCCUCCCCGCAGCUCUUCGUCACCGCCACCGCGAACGCCACGGCUAACUCCACGGCCGGCGUGGUGCGCGCGCUCGCGCUCUGCCGGCACGACACCACCAACCUCACCGCGUGCAGGGAGUGCGUCGCCUCCUCGUUCGCCUACGCGCACAAGAUGUGCCCGAACCACACGGCCGCCACUGUCUACUACGACUACGACGAGGUGAACGCGCUCAAGCCAGGGUGCCUCCUCGGCUUCUCCGGCGACCGCGGCUUCCUCACCCCGGCGUCCGGCACCACCGGCAACGGCACCUUCUUCCAGUAUUUCAACACGGUGAACAUCGCCGGCAACGCGGGCGUCGUCGCCGCCGCCGUCCGCCAGCUCCUCGCACAGACGGCCCGCAACGCGGCCGUCGCGGCCAGGAGGUUCGCCACGGGGUUCAUGCAGUCCAUUGGCGACGGCACCACGCCGACGCUCUACUCCCUGGCGCAGUGCACGCCGGACCUGUCCGCCGGCGACUGCCUGGCGUGCCUCCAGCGGCUCGUGGGCUCGAUCAACGCCACCAACAACUUGCGCCUGGGAGGACGGAUCUUCCGGCUCCGCUGCAACGUCAGGUUCGAGACGUUCAUGUUCUUCGACGACAAGAACAUGCAGCGGAUUCCAUCUCCAUCAUCCAUGGCUCAGGCACCUGCGCCGGCUCCGGCGCCAGCAAGCAAGAGUAAAGGGUCCUCAGAAGGAAAACGUAAUCACGAGUUUCAAGAAGGAGAUGAACAAGUUUGGGAAAUGGAAACAGAGUUAGCCGACUUUUCAGUAUUUGACUUCAAUCAGAUAUUAGAGGCGACAGAUAACUUUUCCGAGGAAAACAAACUUGGCGAAGGUGGAUUUGGCCCUGUUUAUAAGGGCCGCUUUCCUGAUGGAGUGGAGAUAGCAGUUAAGAGACUUGAUUCAGAUUCAGGACAAGGUUUCAUAGAGUUCAAAAAUGAAGUUGAGCUCAUAGCCAAACUGCAACACAGGAAUCUGGUUAGGCUCAUGGGAUGUUGCUCUCAAGGAGAGGAGAAAAUACUGGUCUACGAAUUCUUGCCAAACAAAAGCUUGGACUUCUUUAUCUUUGAUGAAGAUAGAAAAACUCUACUGGACUGGGACAAACGUAUUGCGAUAAUUGUAGGAACAGCAGAAGGACUUCUUUACCUACAUAAGCACUCUAGGUUGCGUGUUAUACAUCGUGAUCUUAAACCAAGCAACAUUCUAUUGGAUAGUGAAAUGAAUGCUAAGAUAUCAGAUUUUGGAUUGGCAAAAAUAUUCAGCUCAAAUAUCACCGAAGCAAAUACUACAAGAAAGGUGGUUGGCACAUAUGGUUACAUGGCACCUGAGUAUGCUUCCCAUGGCAUUUUCUCUAUCAAGUCGGAUGUAUUCAGCUUUGGUGUUUUAACUCUUGAGAUUGUUAGUGGGAAGAGGAAUUCCCAUGAAUGCGGAGCUUUCAUCAACCUCCUUGGACAUGCUUGGCAAUUAUUUGACGAGGAAAGCUGGAGUGAACUCAUUGAUGCAGCACUGCUUCCUGACAUUCAUUCAACAGAAAUGAUGAGGUGCAUUAACAUUGCAUUGUUGUGUGUACAAGAGAAUGCAGCUGAUCGACCGACCAUGUUGGAUGUAAUUGCAAUGCUAAGCAACAAGACCAUGAUCUUACAAAAACCUAAGCACCCAGCAUAUUUCAGUUUAAGCACUGCAGGGAACAAAGAAGCACCGACUACUACUCAGUCUUAUAGUGUUAAUGACGUGACCAUAUCUACGGUGACACCUAGAUAGUUCUCCUUUGCAUUGACAUUGUUUUAACUAAGAUGUUGUAGAGUGCGUAAGUUAUAAGUGGUA